GCGCCGCGGCGGAGCCGCCCGCCGUGGCGGCGGCGGCGGCCGUCCUGGAGCACGCGGCGGCGGCGCCGGCGGGGGAUCACCCCGCGGCGGCGGCGGCGGCCGUCCUGGAGCCCGCGGCGGCGGCGCUGGCGGCGGCGCCGGCGGCGGGCGCGCGCCUGAUGCGGUCGCAGGCAGACCCCCCGGGCGCCAGGGGCGCCAAGGUCGGCGGCACCGCGAUGGAGGUGCUGCCCCUGGGCGGCGUGGUGCUCGCCGCAGAUCGCGCCUCCGAGGGGCCCGCCGCCGCGGUGCCGCGGCAGCAGCGCGCUGGGCUGGAUGUCGGAGGCGCCACCCAGGGUGGCCUAGCAGCAGACGCGGCAGCCCCAACCGAGGAGGAUGUGCUCACGCUGGUCGACGGGGUCGGCUCGGACAGCUAUGACAGGUCCCCGAUGGCAGACCGGAGGAUGAACCACCCGCGGCGGAUCUGCGCCGGCGCAUCGAGGCGCAGGACGCGGUGA